AUAUUUCAGAAGGGUGUUUUGCCAAAGGGGUGAAUUGAUCUUUUGUUCAUCUUCUAAUUAAAAUCGUAACCCAUAACCGCUAAAAAGAAUGAGUAAUCCGAGACCCGGUUAUUCAAACUGACAAACCAGUAGACACGGUAACAGCUACAGAGAGCUACAGAAAAUGCAGGAUUCCAUCACUGAGUCAUUCAAACUCGGGCAGCGAGUCCACUUAGCAAAAGAUCCUAGACGAGUUGGCACAGUGAAGUACAUUGGAGCCGUAGAAGGAUAUUCAGGCACAUGGGUUGGCGUCGAUUGGGACAAUGGAGAAGGGAAACACAAUGGAUCGCUUAACGGUGUUCAAUAUUUUCAAGCCAACUCGGAACGAUCCGGGUCAUUCGUUCGGGCCCAGAAUCUAAGUCCGGGAGUUUCCCUUAUAGAUGGUCUGUAUCUCAGAUACAAAGGGGAAUCAACUCAAGAAGAAGAGGAUGAAAUGUAUGUGCUUUCAGCAAGUAACAGAAAGGUAUCUGUGGAAUUUGUUGGAAAGGAGAAAAUAAAGGAUAAAUUGAGUAAAUUUGAAGGAUUGAAGAGUGCUUCUCUGCCUUUUUUGGGUGUAAGCUGUCCUGGAUCACCUGAAAUCACCAAUUUGGUGCCAAAUUUGAAGGAGCUAGACCUGACAGGAAAUUUACUUUCCGAAUGGAAGGAUGUUGGCACCAUAUGUGAGCAAGUGCCAGCUCUUUCAGCACUCAAUCUGUCUUAUAAUUUGAUGUCACAGAACAUUGAUGAUCUACCCCAACUUAAAAACAUCCGUAUUCUAGUGCUGAACAAUACUGAAAUAAAUUGGACACAGGUUGAAGUUCUUAAUCAUUUAUUGCCAGUGAUUGAGGAGCUGCAUCUAAUGGGGAAUGGCAUCACUACAUUAAAAACAGAAUCUUCUUUAAUUGUUCAAGGAUUUGAUACUUUGCGGCUUCUGAAUUUGGAAGAUAAUUGUAUAGCUGAAUGGACCGAAAUUUUAAAGCUUUCUCUACUAAGAAGUUUGGAGCAGCUUCAUUUGAACAAGAACAAAUUGAACCAAAUAUUUUACCCAGAUGCCAGUGCAAUUAAAAAGCUACUCAGUGGGUCAGAAUCUAAUGUUCAAGUUCCUUUUCAAAGUUUGCGUUCCCUUCUCUUAGGAGGUAACAACAUUGAGGAUCUGGCCUCAGUUGACUCACUAAAUUCAUUCCCCAAAUUGGUGGAUAUCAGGCUUUCUGAAAAUCCAAUAACUGAUUCUGGAAAAGGUGGUAUCCCAAGAUUUGUUUUGAUAGCACGAUUAUCAAAAGUUGAAAUGCUGAAUGGAAGUGAGGUUACUCCUCGUGAAAGGAAGGACUCAGAAAUUCGAUAUGUUCGGUUAGUUAUGUCAAAGCUGCAGGAUACUCCAGAUCAAAUCAAAAAAUUGCAUCCCAGGUUAGCUGAGCUUAAGGCUUUCCAUGGCAUUGAAGAUGAGAGGCCAUCUAUUGGAACAUCAGGCCCUCAGAAAAUGGCUUCUGGACUUAUGUCAAUCACCAUGAAAUGUGUGGGUGCGUCCAUUGGUGAGAAACCUCUCAUAACAAAGAAAUUACCUGCAACUACAACGGUUGGCAAGCUAAAAAUUCUUUGUGAAAGCUUUUUCAAGCUCAAGUCUGUCAAGCCAAAACUGUUUCUUCAGGAAGAGGGUUCCCCACUACCUUUAUUGCUGGAUGAUGAAAUGGCAACGUUGAUGGAUAUCGGAGUCGGCAAUGACUCGACCAUUCUUGUUGAUGAAGAGAGUUGACAGUCGACAGGGAAAUUAUAAUGAACUAACUAUGAUCCUUCGCUGUGAAUUAUAAAAGCGAUACUUUCAACAUUAUAUGCCCAUGUUAGAGUUGCUUCAAUUUUCUUCUAAUAGAUCCAUGCACGAGUUUCUUCCAUUUCUUGCAUGCAUGUGAGCCAAAAUGAUUGUUUAUGUAUUCCGUUAUUUCAAUGCUGAGAAUUAAAAUCUUCAUUGUUCUGGCA